UGCGCAUGCGUCGAUAAUUUAUUGUUGGUAUGGAGACGUUGGUCUGAAGUCGGUCGUUCCAUCGAAUUCACGUCGUUUUUGUAGCUAGAAUUAUCAAUUGUCGUUUCAAAUGGCGUCAGCAUCGACGUGGACGAUUCCUUCUGCUCGUAAACCAACAGCGAGACAUCCAGACGAACAAGUGAGAUUACGAACGCGACCUGAAGCACAAGCAAUAGCCGACCUGCACGUGAGAGGAACAGUUCACAUGCUCUUCAGUCCGGUAACUCGCAGCCAGUCGACGCCACGCUUGACCAAUCCGGCGGUCCGUAAAGAUCACGUGCGCGAGAACGUCCACCGCAUGAGAGAGAUUCAGGCAAGAAGCCGACAGCGACAAGAGGAGGCGGCAAAACCGAUGAAGGCGAUGCCACAAGCCGGCGCCGGUAAAUAUCAACACGUUGAGUCCAAAGUUGCACAGAUUAUUCGACGACCGGCGUCUUCUCGACAACGCAGUUAUUCUGUGAACGCGCAGUCGUUGGAUGGGAUUGAAGAGAGGCCGGGUAGUGCACCACCCGGUCGAUCCUUGUCUGCUGCAUCUGAUCACAUGGAAGUCAGGGGAACGAAAAAAAAUUUUGUAUCUGAAAAUGCGCGUUCGGCGUCUAGAUUUCGAAUACGACGAUCUCCAUCAGUCGAGCAACUGGAGAAACUGAAGGAUAAGAAGAAAGUCGAAUUUGAAUCGUAUGCACGCGGGAAAGUCCCGAUUUAUUUGUCACAACGAAAAAAGCAAUGGGUGAAAGAAGCACAGGAGAGACUGGCUAACAUUCCAGAUCCGUUGUGUCCUGCCGGUCACGAGCUUAUGUCGAGUGAGCAGAGACUUAGUACGUUGGCCAUGUUGGAACAGAAUAAGAUCGAUCUACUGCAGCGGCUAAGGCAGUUGCCUGUCGGAUCGGACACUCUGCGAAAACGGACACAAAAAGCCGAACUCGAGAACAAGCUGGUGGAGAUCGACGAUGCGAUUAAAAUUUUCUCGCGACCGAAAGUUUUUGUAAAGAAAGAAGAAGAGUAGUGAAUAGAUUUAGUAGUCAAUGUAUCGAUAUGCUGUACAUAUUGAUUUGUUAGAACGGCCUGACCAUCAAUAUACUUUGCUCAUUGUAGUGCGACAUUAUGGAUUAUACAAAGUAUUAUGCAAAAACAAGUAUACAUUCGA